AUGGGAGAAUGGGUGCCUCGUAGUCCUAUCCCCGGCACACUUUUCUCCGCUUCGAUCGGAGAAGAGAAGAGCUCGAAACGUGUUCUCGAAAGAGAGCUCUCUCUGAAUCAUGGUCAAGUCAUUGGUUUACAAGAAGACACCAACAACAAUAACAACAAGGACUCUUCACAACAUGCCAACAUUUCACGAGGUGGUUUAAGCGAGCGAAUCGCCGCUAGAGCUGGUUUCAAUGCUCCGAGGCUAAACACUGAGAACAUGCGCAAUAACAACGACUUCUCCAUCGACUCUAAUCUUCGUUCUCCUUGCUUAACCAUCUCUUCUCCUGGACUUAGCCCUGCAACGCUCUUGGAAUCUCCUGUCUUUCUCUCUAAUCCAUUGGCUCAACCAUCUCCAACUACAGGGAAAUUCUCAUUUCUUCCUGGUGUUAACAGUAAUGCAUUGUCUUCUGAUAAAGCCAAAGACGAGUUCUUUGAUGACAUUGGAGCAUCCUUCACUUUCCAUCCGGUUUCAAGAUCAUCUUCUUCUUUCUUCCAAGGCACCACAGAGAUGAUGUCAGUUGAUUACGGUAACUACAACAACAACAACAUAGCUUCUCAUCAUCAAUCUCCAGAGGAAGAUGUGAAACCUGGUUCUCAAAACGUGGAAAGUUCCAACCUUUACGUGACUGACACUAGUACUGAUCCAAAAGGACAGAAGAGGAAGUCAUCUGAUACCACAACAAACACGACCGUUGACCAUCAAGAAGAGGAAGAAGUAGAAGAAGAGCAAAAACGCUGUGGUGAUUUGACUGUUGGUGGUGCACCUGCAGAGGAUGGAUACAACUGGAGGAAAUAUGGACAGAAGUUAGUGAAAGGAAGCGAGUAUCCGCGAAGCUAUUACAAGUGCACAAGCCCGAAUUGUCAGGUGAAGAAGAAAGUUGAGAGGUCAAGAGAAGGUCACAUCACUGAGAUUAUAUACAAAGGAGCUCACAACCACUCUAAACCUCAACCUAAUCGCCGCUCGGGGAUGCAAGUAGAUGGAACUGAACAAGUUGAACAACAACAACAACAGCAGCAGAGAGAUAACGCUGCGGCGUGGGGUAAUUGUAAUAACACUCAACAACAAGGUGGGAGCAAUGAGAACAAUGUGGAAGAGGGGUCUACAGGAUUCGAAUAUGGAAACCAAUCUGGAUCGGUUCAAGGUCAAACCGGAGGUCAGUUUGAGUCAGGUGGUGAUGCUGUGGUUGUGGUUGAUGCAUCGUCAACUUUCUCUAACGAUGAAGAUGAAGAUGAUCGAGGGACUCACGGAAGUGUAUCUUUGGGUUAUGACGGAGGAGGAGGAGGAGGAGGCGGAGGUGGAGAAGGAGAUGAAUCCGAGUCGAAAAGAAGGAAACUUGAAGCUUAUGCAGCAGAGAUGAGUGGAGCAACAAGAGCCAUACGUGAGCCAAGAGUCGUUGUGCAGACAACGAGUGAUGUUGACAUUCUUGACGAUGGAUAUCGCUGGAGAAAGUAUGGUCAGAAAGUUGUCAAAGGAAACCCAAAUCCGAGGAGUUACUACAAAUGCACAGCUCCUGGAUGCACAGUGAGGAAACAUGUGGAGAGAGCUUCUCACGAUCUCAAAUCCGUUAUAACCACUUACGAAGGCAAACACAACCACGACGUCCCCGCCGCGCGCAACAGCAGCCACGGAGGGGGAGGCGGUUCAGGCGGAGGUAACGGUAACAGCGGCGUCUCAGCGGCUCAAACGCACCAUUACCACAACGGGCUUCACUCGGAGCCGCCGCGUGGUAGAUUCGACAGACAUCUCACGACGAACAAUCAGUCUCCGUAUGGCCGUCCGUUUAGCUUUCAGCCGCAUUUGGGUCCGCCUUCGGGAUUCUCGUUCGGUUUAGGACAAAACGGUUUGGCUAAUCUUUCAAUGCCUGGUUUAGCGUAUGGUCAAGGGAAAAUGCCGGUUUUGCCUCACCACCCGUAUUUGAGUCAACAAUCGGUUGGGAUGAGUGAAGCAAUGAUGCAGAGAGGAGGGAUGGAUCCCAAGGUUGAACCGGUUUCGGAAACGGGACAAUCGGUAUAUAACCAGAUCAUGAGUAGAUUACCGCAGAUUUGA